CAGGGGUCAAGCGAGAACCUGUGGGCGUCUAACGGCUACGGUUAUAAUGCUUGUAUUACACCAACCUCUAGAUAUAAGGGUGGAUUGCUCUAGGUGUCCAUGGCAUGAAAUGAUUUAUCGCUUAGCAGCAGUUGAUUUUAAUCUACAAUUUAGUGAGGAGGCCAGCUCUUUGUGUUGACAUCAGCUUCAUGUAUAUGCUUCAUGCUCCUGAUUUCUUCCUUUUCUCAUUUUCUGAAAUGAUUAUAAUUUCUUUGUUGGUUUUAAUGCUUUUAGAUCCCCCUGUAAGUUAGACAGUUAGUAAAUGAAACAUGAAGGUUCGAUUUGAGGAUUUCCUAAUUUCUUAGUGCACCUUGUCUGCACUAGGAACCUGAGAGGAACAAAACAAUGACCAAGUUGUAACUCGUCUUAUAACUGUUCUUCUUUUCACAGUCAAAUAACCCUAUUCUUGUUUCUGUAUAUGCAUGCAAUCUGAUGUAGGAACAGUACUCAUGCGAAAAUGGUGCAAAGAUAUGCAUACAUGGUAUUGUGAUAACGUUUUUGUCACUUAUUCUGUUGACGGCUCUGACAAUGCCUUUGAAUUAUCAGUUCCAGGCAAGUCAGAUCGCUAUAUGACUGUCAGAAGUAAUGGAGGACUCAACCAAAUGCACACUGGAGUAAGUAGAGUGCACCAAAAUUUAGCUUUGGGCUCAUCUUUGUCGAUCUUAAUUUCAACAUGCUUUCACAUCUACAAAUAUAUAUUUGUUCUUGUUCAAAUAAUAGCUUCAUUUCUUUUUUCUCGUGUCUGCUGAUUAAUUUGUGCCGUUAUGUUUGCCACACAGUUAUUAUUGUGUUAUUCGUAAUUUCCGUAUGCAAUGUCCAUAAAAUUAUGAUUUCCUAUACAUAUUGGAGCCUAAUCUUCCCUCUGCAGAUCUGUGAUAUGGUUGCAGUUGCUCGUUUGGUUAAUGCAACACUUGUUAUCCCUCAGUUAGACAAGCGAUCCUUCUGGCAAGACACCAGUACAUUUAAAGACAUCUUUGAUCAGCCUCAUUUUAUUAAAGCUCUGGAAGGAGAUGUCCACAUUGUGGGUGACUUGCCUGAAAGCUUGCAAUCUGCUCCAAGAGCCAGGAAACACUUUACCUCAUGGUCUGGUGCGAGUUAUUAUGAGGAAGUGAAAGAGCUCUGGAAGAAUCAGAAGGUAGUUCACAUCCCAAAAUCCGACUCACGACUUGCUAACAACGGUCUUCCAAUUGAUAUCCAGAGAUUGAGAUGCCGCUGUCUUUACCAAGCACUCCGUUUUUCAGAUCCAAUUGAGGACCUAGGAAAGAAGCUGGUGGAUCGUCUAAGGUAUCGUGGAAAAUUUAUCGCUCUUCAUCUACGAUAUGAAAAGGAUAUGCUAGCUUUUACGGGAUGCACUUAUGGUCUGAGUGAUUUGGAAGCAAAUGAGUUGACAAUUAUGAGAGAGAGAACAAGCCACUGGAAAUUGAAGGAUAUAAACUCAACUGAACAGAGAUCUGAAGGCAACUGUCCACUGACUCCAAAUGAGGUGGGCAUUUUUCUGCGCGCAAUGGGCUAUCCUGAAUCCACAUGGAUCUAUCUUGCAGCAGGUGAAAUUUAUGGUGGCGAUAAGUAUAUAUCAAAAUUGAGAUCAUACUUCCCAAAUUUGGUUAGCAAGGAGAUGCUAGCAACAAAAGAAGAGCUUGAGAAAUUUAAUAAUCACGCUUCUCAAGUUGCAGCCCUUGAUUACAUAAUUUCAGUUGAAAGCGAUGUGUUUGUACCAUCACAUUCUGGCAAUAUGGCAAAAGCUGUAGAAGGCCAUCGUCGAUUUCUGGGGCAUCGCAAGACUAUCACUCCUAAUAGGAGAGGAUUGGUGGAACUCUUUGAUUUACUGGAAAAAGGGGACCUCAUGGAAGGUCCACAGCUGUCCUCACUUGUUACUGACUUGCAUAAAUACAGACAGGGGGCUCCUAGGAAAAGAUAUGGCUCCUUGCCAGGAAGCAAGGGCAGAGCACGGCUUAGGACUGAGGAAUCUUUUUAUGAAAACCCACUUCCUGAGUGCAUUUGUCUGACUGGGAAGCACUGAUGUGUUGCUGAUGUAUAGCUUUUUAUAAUGACACCGCUCACUCGCAUUGGAAGUGCACUAGUGCUUCUCAUUGGCCAUUGGAGCUUUACUGACGCUUCGAGACUAAAAGGGUACUCUAUGACGCAAGUCACUAAAGGAUGCCAACCCCUGCAAUCAAUCAACUGUUCAUGAAUGGGUUCGUUGCCACUGUUCAGAGAUUUGAUGUGUAGGUUGUAGCCAUGAAAGUUUCGAACAGCACACGUGAUAUAUGCAUUUGCAAGGGUCUAUAUGGCCCUCAGGCAAUAUCUGAAAUUUUUUCUUGUUACAAGCAUUUAGCCUUUAAAGAGCAAGCUUAACAUACUGUUGAACUUGCUUCAGCUUUCUAAUUUUAAGUGACCAUCAAAGAUGAUGUUCACUUAUCCUCUCUAAAUAAUAGCAUCCCUCAUGUCCUCUAAUCGUGUUUACAAAAA